AUGAAUUAUAAUUAUUAUCUUAAUCAACUUGAUGAUUAAAGAGGAAUUCAUUAGAAUUUAUAAUCUGUUGGAAAAUUCAAAAAAGGAAUUGUAUUUUAGAAUUAUCCUUUUAAUCCAAUUUAAAGUUACUCCUCAAACUUUUAAUCACGUCCAUAAACAUCUUAAACUUAACCUGUAAAAAAACCUUCAACAGCAUAAGUAGUCAUAAAUAAAUAGCUCAAUAGUCUUUUAGACACUUUCCAAUAGCAGCAACAUCUUAGACUCACAGAUAACACAAUAUGCUUUUUUCUGAGUAACCUAAUAAAUUUGAAAUAGAAACAAAGCCAAGUAAAAGAUUUAUGAAGAUAUACUUUAUGAAAAGUAAUCUAGACUCUCUAAUGUAGCCAAUUAACAAACAAUUUUACAUAAUAUCAUAAAUAACAAACUUAAAGCACUUCCCCCUGGAGACAGAAGAAUAUUAUCAGUCAUUAAUAUAAUUUAAGACAAAUUUAAAGAACUUACUAUAUAGGAUAUAAAUCUAUUUAUAUGUCAACAUAUCCAAUCUAAAAAAUUCUAUAUCUAUUUUUCAGGUUAAACUAUUAUUUAACUAUAGAUUCUGAAUGGAUUCCAUGCAGUAAAUGUUGUUAAUCACCAGUAUUUAUAGUUUUGAGUCCAUUGUCUCAAAAAACAGAUAUAUUUUGUUGUUAAUGUACUCGAAAUUUAUAAAAUCCUCCUAAAUCUGCAUUUUAGAGUAAUUCAAUUCUUCCUAAACAAUCAUUUUCUUAGUAUGGGCACUCAUUAUAGGAAUAGAAAGAAAGGCAAAAAGUGAGUAGAAUGAUAAUAUCUGGAAAAUACCGAAAUGUUAAUUUGAAAGAAAUAUAUAAUAAAGUGUAAGAACCUGAAUAAAAAGAAGAAUCUUUCAACUUAGAAAUCAAUACUAAGGAAAUAAAAUAAGAAAGCACUAUUUUAGAAUUGAAAGACUUAAUUAAUGAAUUAUUCUGA